UGGUUCUAGUUACGUAAUUCCGAUUACAUAAUGCCUCACAAUAUYUACCUCUGCCGAACACAUGGAGUAUUGCUCUGUAUGUUGCUUUACAGGAAUAGUACUUGGUAUCUUAAUCAUCUUUAAACUUCUUCGUUCAAAAGCGAAGAAAACAAAGAUGGCUCCUCGAGGGGUAGUUAUUCUACAUCAGUUUAAACGAGGUCGUCUAGGAGUCCCAAACUUCUCACCUCCAUGUUUCAAGCUUGAAACCUACCUGCGCAUGGCAAAGAUUCCCUACGAGUGUGACUUCAGYUCAAAAAUGUCAAGCAAAGGGAAAUUUCCAUGGAUAGUAUACAACGGAAAAGAGAUUGCAGACUCGAACUUCUGCAUUGAGUUCCUUAAUAAGGAGUUUGGAGUCGAUGUUGAUGGUCACCUGAGCGAUGAGCAGAAAGGCAUUGCUAGAUCUGUACUGGUUAUGUUGGAAGAAAACACUUAUUGGACAGCGGCCUACUUCGUUUGGCUGAGCGAAGAAUAUGCUACAAAGUGGAGGAACCGUUUCUUYGGCUGCAACCUYUUUUUCCCAUUCAARUAUUUGCUGUUUUGGUAUAUACAAAAAAGGCAGACAGCCAAUCUCUAUGGCCACGGGAUGGGACGUCACUCACCCGAGGAGAUUUAUGGGAUAGCUGAGAAAGAUCUAACRGCUGUUUCAGCAAUUCUUGGAGAGAAGAAAUUUUUGUUUGGAGACAAACCCUGUCUUGCUGAUGUGGCCCUCUUUACGCUUGUGAGCGAUUUCCUUUUUGUAGCUCCGGAAGAUUGUCCACAAGGGAAGUAUAUUUCGACGAAGCUUAAAAAUCUUGAAGACCAUGCGAAACGAAUGAAAGAGGCUUUUUAUCCUGACUGGGAUGAACUUUGCUCAAAAAAAGAAACCACAAUACUUGGAAUCUUAAUUGCCUAUAAGAUUCUCGGUUCAAAAAAGAAGAAACCAAAGAAGGUUCCUCAAGGAGUAGUUGGUCUGCAUCAGUUUAAACGAGGUCGUCUUGGAGUUCCGAACUUUUCGCCGCCAUGUUUCAAGCUUGAAACUUACCUCCGAAUGGCAAAGAUCCCCUACGAGUGUGUUUACAGUCCUAAAAUGUCAAGCAAAGGAAAGCURCCAUGGAUAGAAUACAACGGGAAAGAGGUUGCAGACUCGAAUUUCUGURUUGAGUUUCUUAAUAAGGAGUUUGGAGUCGAUGUUGAUGAUCACUUGAGCGCGGAACAGAAAGGCAUUGCUAGAUCUGUACUGGUUAUGUUGGAGGAAAAUACUUAUUGGAGGAACCGUUUCUUCGGCAGCAAACUUUUUUUCCCAUUCAAGUAUCUUUUAUUUUGGUAUAUACAAAGAAAGCAGACAGCCAAUCUCUAUGGCCACGGCAUGGGACGUCACUCACCCGAAGAGAUUUAUAGGAUAGCUGAGAAAGAUCUGACAGCUGUUUCAGCAAUUCUUGGAGAGAAGAAAUUUUUGUUUGGAGACAAACCCUGUCUUGCUGAUAUUGUUCUCUUCACGCUUGUGAGCGAUUUCAUCUUCAUAGAACCGGAGCUUUGUCUUCAGGGAAAGUUGAUCUUGACGAAGCUUAAGAAUCUUGAAGACCAUGCGAUACGAAUGAAAGAGGCUUUUUAUCCUGACUGGGAUGAACUUUGCUCAAAAAAGAAAGAAACGACAUGAAACGACUAUAAUUUAACAAGUGAAUCCCAGUAGACUAAGGCCCGGGGGGGGGAGGGGGUACUCCCACAUAUUUGCUAUACGGGGACGUGCCGCUG